UAGACAUUUCGGUCUUCUUUGUCACUCCUUCGGGGUACGAGUGCGGUCAGCUGAGUUAAAAUCCAGCGAAACAGUUUCGACUUAUCCGUUCCUGAACAAUUACAGUAUCUCUCCGGACCCUGAAAAUGGUAGCAAAACAGAGAAUUCGUAUGGCCAACGAGAAGCACAGCAAAAACAUCACACAGAGAGGAAACGUGGCCAAAAGUUCGAGAAACUCCCAGGAUGACAAAGUGUCCGUUGGACCAUGGCUACUGGCGCUUUUCAUCUUCGUCGUGUGUGGAUCAGCAAUCUUCCAGAUCAUCCAGAGCAUCCGGAUGGGCAUGUAAGAUGGUGACCUCAUCUGUCCCCGGCCGUCCUCCACCUUUCUCACAGUCCAGUGAUAUCCCAGCAUUCCUCUCUCCGAUGGUUACACCAGGCCUGGCGAGGCUGAACACCUGUCUGUGGCUGCCUGUCCUUCUGUAUCAUUUAUUCGGUUUUAUUAUUUUUGAUUUGGCGUCGCCAAGCUGUGUACCCGUCUGGUCAUUCCUUCCUUGUGCCUUAAACCGAAACAAAUUCAUGCUUUAAAAAGCCAUACUGUUUACAAUCCUGCAUUCCAGUCCGGGACCCGCGAUCAAAGAGGGUGAUCUUUUCUGUCAGUCUUGCACAACUUUGUAAUCCUUUUUAAAAAAUAAUAUUAAAAAAUGUUCCGCUUGUAUGGUCCAGCUUUGACCAGGCUGGACUCUCGUUUGCCUUCUUUGCACAUGAUUCCAGUCUAAUUGCAUAUGAUUUCCUCUUUAUUCUAAAAGAAGGAGAGUACAUUUUAGAUGGUUUUGUUUCUGGUCCCUCUCUUUUUUUUCCUAUUGGGAAUAGUAUGCUGCUGACCUUAGUGCUGGUCAUAUUAGUGGGUUGACAGCACAAGUCUUGCAUGAGUCCAGGAAACAAACAGUCAGAAAAUGUCAGUGACUUCAUUCCACGACUGUAUGCAAAUGAAACUUAAUCGUACGCAAUGUGUGUCGUAGGUUUUUUUCCUCUAUAUUUAUGCAUCUUAAUUCUGUGAUCGUGAUGUGCUCUGCUCCUGUACGUCCAUUGAUUGUCAUGUUUUUGUUACCUAAAGUAGGGUGUGCAUCUUUGGAGCUGGAGACUGGCUGGUUUUCAUUACGUCAGCUGUUCCUAACUGCUCAUUUGAACAGGGAGUUUCUGCCAUUGUGCCAUUUCUGCACUGGUUGGAAUUGUACAGCCUCCAGACACCAGAGGGUGCACAUACCCUACAAGAAGUGAAGAUAUCGAAAGAAUAAACCUGUCUGCAGUCUUGUGUGCCAUGUGCAAAGAAAAACUUGCAUUCUCUGCUGAUAAAAGCAAAACAAAUUAAAAAAAAGGAAAC